AGCUUCAAGCCAUCUAUCUCUAUGACAUAUGACUAUGCUUUCACAACAAACAGUUUCUGCUCUGGGGCCUAUAUAUGACCCAAGUUUAGGCAACCAGGAAGGAUAAAAAAGGAGAGCCUUACUAUUGGUGUUAUUGCAUACUCCACAAUUUUAUCAGUGAUACUUAGACUUUCAAUCAAUGGCAGAUCAUCAGAGAAUCUAUCCGGUGGUCGACCCUGAGGCGCCACAGAGACCGACAGCUCCCCUGGUGUCUCGAGACGCUUCGAGAUCCGAUAAAGGAGAGCCGGUCGAGCACUACCCGCCGUUUCGCCGUACCAUCCCAAUGACACAAUCAAAACCACCAAAGAAGAAGAGAAGCUGUUUUUGCAGGUGCUUGUGCUGGACAGUAUGCCUCCUCCUGCUUCAAAUCAUUGUCCUUGGCAUAUUGGCUGCAAUAAUAUUCCUUGCUUUCCAGCCAAAAAUACCAAAGUACUCAAUUGACAGCAUGAGAAUUAGAGAGUUCAAUCUCAACAAUGACAUGAGCUUAUCUGCUACUUUCAAUGUUAACAUCACUGCCAGAAACCCCAACAAAAGGAUUGGUAUAUACUACGAAAAUGGUAGCGAGUUGAGCGUUUGGUACACGGGCACGAAACUAUGUGAAGGUUCGCUACCAAAAUUUUACCAAGGUCACCGGAACACGACCUUGCUCAACCUGAAUUUGACAGGACAAACACAGAACGCCACCGGUCUGUUGCAAUCGCUGCAGGCGCAACAACAGACUGGAAGUAUUCCUUUGAACGUUAGGGCGAAAGUGCCGGUGAGGAUCAAACUUGGCAAGUUGAAGCUGAUGAAGUGGAAGCCCCAGGUUAGGUGCAGGGUGGUGGUGGAUAGCUUAACUGCUGAUAAUGUCAUUAGGAUCAGAGAUAGUAGCUGCAAGUUCAGGUUUAGGCUCUAAUUUAUUCCAUCUUCCAUGCAGAGCCACAUAGUUAUUUUCUUUAAUCUCUUAUGAUCUUCAUUUUCAUUUUUUUAUUUUUUGUUGGUUUCAUAUAGAGAAGUGGAGGAUUAUAGGUGGUUUUUUCCCCUCCAUUUGAUGGUGAUAUGUUUAUACUAUGUUUUCUAUUGUUCACACAUUAUUGUUUUUGAAUAAUAUAUGAUUUAUGUACUCAUA